CAGCAUGUGAGUGGGACAUUUCCGUGUUUACAGUACUCGGCCACUUGCAAUCAUUUCCAUGGCUUGGGUGUUUUAUAGUUGGCAGUAGUUUUGUUUUUACUUAGCCCAAUCUUAACGCCUUACUUCAAAUGCUACCUAACUAGGUCAGUUCGCCACUAUAGCUAGAUCGAGGACUAUUACUAAUAGCCAUUGUUUUCAUGCACGAUGCAGUCUUUUGGUUAGCUUUUGAAACAACACUGAGCUGGACUCAAACACUGUAGCUCACCAGUGUUGCUGUCACUGGCUUUUCUCUUCCGAGCGUUGCAUCUUUUAGCAGAUUUUUUAAAUAGAAAAGUACAGGUUGCAUUGUGUUCCCCUGACUCCGCCAUCUGUCAUUCUGUUUACAAAAAAAAUGGUGACGUAAGGAUUUUAGAGCGACCUCUAGCGUCGAGGAGUCACAAUCAUUUGGCACAGUAUUCCACCUUGUGGCCAAUUAUCUACAGCACAACAUAUACAAUUAAGUAGACUACAUUUGCAUUUAUUUCAUGCCAAUUUCUACUUGUUUUAUUACAUAUUAUAUGUAGAUAUGUUGUGGCGCAACUAAAUAAUAUCCUAUAUAGUCAGUCAUCAUUUUCUAUAGUAUUAUAAAACCAAAGCACAUUAUGAUAAAAUGUAGGAUUAUUAAAUGAUGGGAUAUUUUAUAUAGGCUAAAUCAACAUAUGUGCAUUGGGUAUCUUGGUGCAGAGGGUAUUUUAAUUACACUCUCUGUUUAUUCACCCUGCACAACUCCAUCGUUGUGCGUCAACGUAGAGCCCACUAAUUAAGCAUCAGCUUCUCGCGGAGAACUGAGAACACCGUAAUAUAUGGCAUAGGCCUGCGGAGGGAGGGGUCUUGGUGGUGCUGGGUUACCGGAAGGCUCCGUACCGCCGCUGAAUGGAAUCCGGCUGUGUCCGAAAAGCAAUGGCUAUGGGUUUGACAUCGAAAAAGGCAUCUUCUCGGAGCGUCGGCGUGGAGCGAAAAAAUCUCAUCACCGUAUGCAGAUUCUCGGUGAAGACACUCCUGGAAAAGUACACAGCCGAGCCCAUCGAUGACUCAUCCGAGGAGUUUGUCAACUUCGCUGCAAUCUUGGAACACAUCCUCAGCCACCGCUUCAAAGGUCCAGGAAGCUGGUUCAUCUCAGAUGGCCAGCGAAGUUUCUGGGACUACAUCCGGCUGGCAUGCAGCAAGGUGCAGAACAACUGCAUCGCCAGCAUCGAAAACAUUGAGAACAUAAGCACCUCACGAGCCAAGGGUCGGGCAUGGAUCCGUGUGGCGCUGAUGGAGAAGCGUCUGUCUGAGUAUGUGGCCACAGCCCUGAGGGACACACGGACAACCAGGAGGUUCUAUGAUGACGGAGCCAUCAUACUGAGAGAGGAGGCCACUGUUCUGACAGGCAUGCUCAUUGGCCUCAGUGCCAUAGACUUCAGUUUUUGCUUGAAGGGGGAGGCGCUGGAUGGGAAGUCCCCUGCAGUGAUUGACUUCACACCUUACCUGAAGUUCACUCAGAGCUAUGACUACCUGAGUGAUGAGGAUGACCGGUGCAGUGUGGACAGCAGUGCCAGUGACGAAAGUGUCCCAGAACACCCUUACAUCCCCCUGGUCACCGACGAGGAGAGCUGGAGGAACAAGUGUCGCAAGAUGGAGCAGAGGUUUAAGAUUGUGUACGCACAAAAGGUGACCUUUUGACCUCCUGAUAACCUU